AUGAGACGUGUUCUACUUGCCAAGUUUCUUUUGUGGACUGGCUUCGCUGCUAGCUAUGCCGUCGAAACUGGCGAGUCCCUCGAUCGACGGGCUGUCCAAGACGCUCACCAAACGUCUGCAAUUCCAAGCCAUGAUGGUCUGCGAUUCGUCAUCGACGGUCAUGCAGACUACUUUGCUGGCAGCAACUCGUAUUGGAUCCCAUUCCUCAAGAGCAACUCUGAUGUGGACUUGUCUGGCCUCAAGAUCCUUCGCGUUUGGGGAUUUAACGAUGUCAAUGAAAUUCCCACCGAUGGCAGCGUCUGGUUCCAUCACAUCCAAGAUGGCACUUCGACUACAAAUGAGGGAGCCGAUGGCCUACAGCGCCUGGACUACGUUGUGAAGUCCGCCGAAGCACACGAUGUCAAGCUCAUCGUUAACUUUGUCAAUAAUUGGGGUGAUUAUGGUGGUAUUGCUGCUUACAAUGCGGCAUUUGGGGGUAAUGCCACAACUUGGUACACGGACGAGGCUUCUCAAAAGUCUUACCGUGGGUACAUUAAGGCUGUUAUCUCACGGUACAAGGGAUCAUCUGCUAUUUUUGCUUGGGAGCUUGCCAACGAGCCCCGUUGCCGUGGAUGUGAUACCAGUGUGAUUUACAACUGGGCCAAGAGCACCAGCGCCUUUAUCAAGUCCCUGGAGCCCGCCAGAAUGGUUUGUAUUGGAGAUGAGGGAAUGGGUCUCACAACUCAAUCGGACGGCAGCUAUCCAUUCACUUAUUACGAGGGAGUGGAUUUUGAGAAGAACCUUAAUAUUCCUACCAUCGACUUUGGCACCCUUCACCUGUAUCCUAGCCAGUGGAGUGAGCAAGAUCCCUGGGGCAACCUCUGGAUUGAGGCUCACGGUGCCGCUUGUGUCAAGGCUGGAAAACCGUGCUUGUUGGAGGAGUACGGCUCCCUUGCGCAUGCAUCAUCCGAAGGUCCUUGGCAGCAGACUGCACUGAAGACUAAGGGCAUCGCAGCAGAUACUUUCUGGCAAUACGGUGAUAAUCUUUCUACUGGACCCUCGCCAGAUGAUGGAUACACUAUCUACCGUGGAACUGCCAAUUAUACUAUCCUGGUCACUGACCACGUUAAGGAUAUCAAGCAGGCCAACCGGCACUAG